UUGAUUACAUAUUUGCUCAUAAGCUGUACAUAAAUCAUUACAUCACCAAACCAUGAGUUCUUUCUUCUUUAAUCAUUGGUUAAAUGUUCUACUGCUACCUUCUUCAGCAUGCUUUGACCCACCGUUAGUUAAACGUAUACCAUCUUCAUUGACUUUUUUUCUCUUCUCCUCGCAGCUAAAACGACAUCCAUGUCGCUGUGGCUUCUGGGGAUUCUCUGGGUCACUCUCGCUCUCCAAGAACAGGGCUCGAAGGCAUCUUCUUCUGAUUCUUGGGUCAUGAGGUAUUUUUGUAUCAGGGUUUACACUUAAAUAUGACUCUUUGGCUUUUGUAGGUUCUAUUCUCCCUAAUUGGCUAGGCUGUUCGGUUUGUUUGCUUGUGAGAUUCAAAUGAACUCCUGGAUUGUGUGCACUGCACGAGCUCUCUUGCAAUGUGGAGUUGUUUAUGCUUUGAACAUUACUGUUAAUGCUGGAGUUUAUUCCUGGAUAUGUGCUAUAUUUAGAGUUCAAAUUUUCUUCUCUUAGUUUGACCUCGCCGCCUAUAACCAUUGACGCUCCCUUGUUUUCUCCUGCGAAGGUUACGAUACUCACUGCUUGUCCAAACCCUGGCUUUUGUGAUAUCCCAUCAAUCUGCUUUUGGUAGAGCUUUCCGAGCCCGUCUUCGAUCUCUUUCUGAAAGCAUGCUCUUUGACCAUCAAAAAUUGAAGCCCGAGGGAUGCUUGAAAUUGCUAUUUUGGUCUCUUUGCCCCUUGAACCAUUUUUUAUUCCUGGCUUUUCUAUGUUCAAUUUAUCUCCCUUCUCGGAAUGUGUUGGGCUUGAUAUUUGAAGUUCGACCUUAAGUUUGCUACCUUCUGAGGGAAAUUCAAUAUGAGGUUCUGGGGUUGAAAUCUUGGUUUCUAUUGUUUCUGUUGGUUGGUUGCUUGUUUCUGGCUUGGAGGCUUCAAUUUCUUGUUUGUCUUUGUUAAACCCUUCGGAUAAUAUGUUGGGAUCUUGGGUUUCAACAGGAGCCUUUUGUUUAGUUUCUCUAUUUAUCUUGAACUCCUCGUUAACUUUUUCGGACUGUUUUUCUAUUGCUGGUGUUUGAACAGUUUUACUUUCUUGCUCGCUGUCUAGAUUUGGUUUUGUUUCUCGUUCAAUUUCCUUGUUAGUGUUUUGGAAAUCGAUAGGAGUGGAAUUUACUACAUUAUCCUCUAGGGAUUUAACAUACUUGUGUUGACCUUCUGAGUUAGCUAGGUCAGCGUCUGGUUGUGCAAGAGAUUGUGCUAUCACUACUGGAGAAGCUGGUUGAGAAGGUGGUGGAAUAGGAGGCUGUGCUUGGGAAGGUGGUGGAAUCGGAGGUUGUGCUUGAGAUGAAUAUGGAGGUUGUGCUCCCACCUUUGGAGAAGCCGAUGGAGAAACCAGUGAAGAAGUCGGUUGAGACAGAGCUUGUUCUUGACUGGAGUGUUGAGGCUGCGCUGCCACCUCUGGAGAAGUUGAUGAAGAGCCCAAUGGAGAAGCUGGAGUAGGCUGUUGCGCUUGAGGUGAGUAUUGAGGUUGAGCUGCUGCCUCCGCUGGAGAAGCCGAUGGGGCAGGUGGUGGGGUAGAAGAUGGUUCUGUAGGUGAGUAUUGAGGCUGAGCUUCCACCACCGGAGAAGCCGAUGGAGAGGCCAAGGAAGAAGUUGGUGGCGUAGCAGAUUGUCCUUGAGAUGAGUGUCGAGGUUGAGUUCCCAGCACCGGAGAAGCUCGUGGAGAAGCCGGUGGAGUAGGAGAUCGUGCUUGUCGCCGUGUUGAAGGCGGAGGGGGCAGAGUGGGGGCAUGACGACUAUAGAAGGGGAGCCAGAAGCGGAAUGGCUGCGGUCUUUCUCGAUUGGCCAUUGUAUCUGUUUGUGUGAGAGAGGAUGAGGAACUCAGGGAAGAAACGAAAUACAGAGCUUCUGCCUUCGGAGAUAAUAUUGGAAUAGGUUUACAUCUGAUUCUUUUAUUGUGUAGUUUGUUUUCUUAAGUUGGUGUAUUUUCAGUAGCUUCUCAAGGUAGAGAAGAGAUCUCUUGGUUUGUCGCAACUUAAGGAGCAGGUUUCUUCUAUUCUUCUUAAAAGGAGUAGGUUUCUUCAAUUCUUCUUAAAAUUCGGCUUGCUAAUUAGGCAUUACGGUUAUGCUCUAAUUUUUUUAACUUAAAUUAUACUUAUUGUGAGUACUCUGGUCAUUGUUUUUGUGACUCAUGGUGAAGCAACACAUGGAGAAUGUUCUUUGCUUCUUCAGUACAUUGAUAACAAGGCCUACAACAAUGCUUUACCAUUUCUUCAAGUAGGAGAUGCUUAGCCUGCUGGGGAAUUCCUUGCCUUACUUUGGAGGAAACAAUAGUCUUAGAGGGAGAGAAGGAUAGAGUUCUCCUACAUAUCUUUCAACUCCCCAUGAAGAGUACCCAUCCCUCCUCCGACCACUGCCGCUGCUGCUGCCACCGCUGCAGAGGGGCGCUCGACAUCCAUCGGCAUCUGAAUCUGCAUCCAUUUUCGGUCAAGCAUAAGAGAUGCAAGGAUUUACAAAGGCGAUAAGAUCGCAAGGAAACCGAAUCAAACUCGCAGUUCUGCAGCACAUGGGCAUGAAGGAGAGCUUCUCCUUGAUGAAUCUGAUUGCGCAUUUCCAAAGUGCUUCUCCAACUUCUACUAUACCCCAUAAAGGAUUAGAAAAUACAACAGUAGCAGAGAUUUUGAAGACGAAGGGAGACGAAGAGGCAGGGGCUCUGUUUUGGUGUAGCACCAACGACACAGUUUAUGAUGCCGUUAGACAGAUGACACAACAUAAUAUUGGAGCUCUAGUUGUUGUGAAGCCAGGGGAUCACCAGUUGCUUGCUGGGAUUGUAACUGAGAGAGAUUAUCUUCAGAAGAUCAUUGUGCAAGAUAGAUCUUCUAAAUCCACAAGAGUCGGAGAUAUCAUGACCCAAGAGAGCAAGCUCAUUACAGUGACAUCUGAUACAAAAAUACUACAAGCUAUGGAGCUAAUGACUGACAAGCAUAUUCGGCAUGUUCCUGUUAUCGAUCAGAAGGUAGUCGGCAUGAUCUCAAUCGUUGAUGUAGUGCGAGCGAUCAUAGAUCAACAACACGGUGAAGUGAAGCGUUUGAAUGAAUACAUCAGAGGAGACUAUUACUAGUGUGUAAACCACGGAGAUAAUAAAUAAGAAAAUUGGUGCUCACAAAUGGAAAUGUUGUGAUGCUCAGACAAUACCACUAUUUUCUGACAUUUCUGUAUUUACUGUCAAUUGGCAGUUACUGAAAAGCCCUUCCUGCAAAGAAUAUGUGUUUUUUUUA